UCUCCCAGGAAAAAGGAUGGUCUGUUUUUGCAAUUGCUGAGGCAUGAGAGGAUUGUAUAAUUGGAAGGUGCUCUUCAUGCUCCAUAUUCCUGCAGGACCUAAUGCAGGGAAGAUUGCCACGGGUGGUGUGAAGGCACUGAGGUGGCAGUUUCCCAACCCCCGGGCUGCAGCAGGAUCUGGGAGGUUGGCGUGAUCUCCCCUCCCCUACUGCUGGGUGUAUGUUGUUGGAAUUGACAGGCCGUCUGAGGCCGGAGCAAGCAGGUGCUGCUCUCAUCUAUAUGGAGAAGAGUGGAUGCAGCCCAUUUCCAAUAUGCUGGGCUAAAGAAUAUGACAGACACCUAGCAUACAGCAAGAGCAUGGCAGCGGCUUAUUUGGACCCAAACCUAAAUCACACCCCCACCUCAAACGCCAAGUCCCGUCUCAGCACUGGCAUGGAGCGGUCACCAGGAGCCAUUGAGAGAGUUCUGAAAGUCUUCCAUUAUUUUGAAAGCAGCAGUGAACCAACAGUUUGGGCCAGUAAUAUCCGACAUGGGGAUGCGACAGAUGUUAGGGGUAUUAUCCAGAAGAUUGUAGAAAGUCACAAAGUGAAGAAUGUGGCUUCCUAUGGGAUACGGCUUAGUCACUUACUCUCUGAGGAUGUUCAUUGGUUGCAUCCUGAUAUGGGUGUGUCUCAUAUACGAGAGAAAUAUGAGCAGGCUCAUCCGCAAGAUGAGUGGAAAUAUGAGCUUAGAAUUCGAUAUCUACCUAAAGGAUUUGUGAACCAAUUCACAGAGGACAAACCCACUCUAAACUUCUUUUAUCAGCAGGUGAAAAAUGACUACAUGUCCGAAAUUGCUGACCACGUGGACCAGGAAAUUGCACUAAAGCUGGGGUGCCUUGAAAUUAGGAGAUCCUACGGGGAGAUGAGAGGCAACGCUCUAGAAAAGAAGUCCAACUACGAAGUUUUAGAGAAAGAUGUUGGGUUGAAAAGAUUUUUUCCGAAGACUUUACUGGAUUCUGUGAAGGCAAAAACGUUAAGAAAGCUUAUUCAACAGACGUUUCGCCAGUUCGCCAACCUUAACAGGGAAGAAAGUAUCCUGAAAUUCUUUGAAAUCCUCUCACCUGUAUACAGAUUUGACAAAGAAUGUUUUAAAUGUGCACUUGGUUCCAGUUGGAUCAUUUCAGUGGAGUUGGCGAUUGGCCCAGAAGAGGGAAUAAGUUAUCUUACAGACAAAGGUUCAAAUCCUACACAUUUGGCAGAUUUUACUCAGGUCCAAACCAUUCAGUAUUCAAGCAGUGAAGAAAAGGACCGAAAGGGUAUACUGCAGCUCAAAAUUGCAGGCGCCCCAGAGCCUCUGACUGUGACAGCCCCUUCCCUCACCAUUGCGGAGAAUAUGGCGGACUUGAUAGAUGGAUACUGUCGUCUUGUCAAUGGAGCCUCUGAAUCUUUUAUCAUCAGGCCACAGAAAGAAGGCGAGAGAGCGUUACCAUCAAUACCAAAGCUGGCGAACAACGAAAAGCAUGGGGUGAGGACGCACACAGUGUCUGUAUCAGAAACUGAUGACUAUGCAGAAAUUAUAGAUGAAGAAGACACUUAUACCAUGCCUUCCACUGGUGAUUAUGAAAUCCAGAGAGACCGGAUUGAGUUGGGGCGCUGCAUUGGCGAAGGGCAAUUUGGAGAUGUUCAUCAAGGAGUUUACAUGAGCCCUGAGAAUCCAGCAAUGGCGGUUGCAAUCAAAACAUGUAAGAACUGCACUUCAGAUAGCGUGAGGGAAAAGUUCCUACAAGAGGCCUUAACAAUGCGCCAGUUUGAUCACCCACAUAUUGUGAAGUUGAUUGGAGUUAUUACAGAAAAUCCGGUCUGGAUUAUCAUGGAGCUUUGCACACAAGGGGAGCUAAGAUCCUUUUUACAAGUAAGAAAAUAUAGCCUGGACCUGGCAUCCUUGAUACUAUACGCGUAUCAACUCAGCACAGCACUUGCCUACCUGGAGAGUAAACGAUUUGUACAUAGGGAUAUUGCUGCUAGAAAUGUAUUAGUCUCUUCUUCUGACUGUGUGAAAUUAGGAGACUUUGGGCUAUCUCGAUAUAUGGAAGACAGCACUUACUAUAAAGCUUCCAAAGGUAAAUUACCUAUAAAAUGGAUGGCCCCAGAGUCCAUUAACUUCAGACGUUUUACCUCAGCUAGUGAUGUUUGGAUGUUUGGUGUGUGCAUGUGGGAAAUAUUGAUGUAUGGAGUGAAGCCUUUCCAAGGUGUUAAGAACAAUGAUGUGAUUGGUCGGAUUGAGAAUGGUGAACGGUUGCCCAUGCCGCCCAACUGCCCUCCUACACUUUACAGCCUUAUGACAAAGUGUUGGGCCUAUGACCCUAGCAGAAGACCACGGUUUACUGAACUCAAAGCACAACUCAGUACAAUACUGGAUGAGGAGAAGUUGCAGCAGGAGGAGCGAAUGAGAAUGGAGUCGCGGCGGCAGGUGACCGUCUCCUGGGAUUCCGGAGGCUCUGACGAGGCUCCCCCAAAGCCUAGCAGACCUGGUUACCCCAGUCCAAGGUCCAGCGAAGGUUUCUUCCCCAGUCCUCAACACAUAGUGCAGCCAAAUCACUACCAGGUGUCUGGUUAUUCUGUUUCUCAUGGAAUUCCAUCUAUGCCAGGAAACAUUUAUCCAGGUCAAGCAUCAGUCUUAGACCAUCUCGAUUCCUGGAACCAUCGAUCACCUGAUGUAACUGUGUGGCAGCCUAAUAUGGAGGAUUCUGGUCCCUUAGACAUGCGGGGUAUGAGUCAGGUUUUACCAACACAUAUAAUGGAAGAACGGUUAAUUAGGCAGCAGCAAGAGAUGGAGGAGGAUCAACGAUGGCUGGAAAAAGAAGAAAGAUUUCUGAAGCCAGAUGUCCGGCUCUCCAGGAGCAGUGUGGACCAUGUGGAUGGGAGUGGUCAGUGCCCGACUGGUAACCAGCACAUAUAUCAGCCUGUGGGAAAACCAGAUCAUACGGCUCCACCAAAGAAACCCCCUCGGCCUGGGGCCCCUGGUCAUAUUGGAAGCCUUGCUGGUCUGAACAGUCCAGUGGACAGUUACAAUGAGGGAGUAAAGUUACAACCGCAAGAAAUUAGCCCUCCGCCAACUGCUAAUUUAGAUCGCACCAAUGACAAGGUGUAUGAGAAUGUGACCGGGCUGGUGAAGGCUGUAAUAGAAAUGUCCAGCAGAAUCCAGCCUGCUCCUCCAGAAGAAUAUGUCCCUAUGGUGAAGGGGGUCGGCUUGGCAUUGAGGACCUUACUGGCAACUGUAGAUGAAACCAUUCCUGUUCUGCCAGCAAGUACACACAGAGAGAUUGAGAUGGCACAAAAGCUUCUGAACUCUGACCUGGCGGAGCUAAUAAACAAGAUGAAGCUGGCGCAGCAAUACGUCAUGACCAGCCUUCAGCAGGAGUACAAGAAGCAAAUGCUCACCGCUGCACAUGCUUUGGCUGUGGACGCUAAGAACUUGCUAGAUGUCAUUGACCAAGCAAGACUAAAAAUGAUUGGGCAGUCAAGGCCACAUUAAACAUCCAAUCCUGAACUCUUGUUACAUUGCUAUUUAACUUAACACAAGUUAUGGAAUAACAUCUUGCCUUCCACCAGCAAUCCUUGGCCUCAGUGGCAGCUGCUUCUCCAGUGCUGAUUGGUGCCUGCUGGGCACCUCUUGCAGAUUUAUCCUUUUUAUUAUUAUUAUUAUUAUUAUUGUAAUUAUUGCUAAAAUGCAGGCAGCCUGAGAUUCAGUAUGCGUCAGACUCAUGGAUUUAACUCUGGCGACAGUCUUUGAUGGGAUAUGCAUACGGUGAUGCUAGGGAAAAAAAAAUCAAACAGCCAAGAAAUAUUUGGAGCGGUAGAGAAAGCAGAACUCACCGUGUACCAUGCAGGCAAAUGGAAAGGCACUGUGAUAUGAACAAAUCCGGAAAACCCAGAGGGCAGACAGCUUCCGUCUGAAAUGUGACAGCUGUUGCAACUGGAAUCUUUUCUUUUUUGUAUUCGUACAACAGAUAAGUCGCAAUAUGCUAAUCACAAUUUACACAGAGAGUAAGAAGCUAUAUUUUCAAGGCUUAAAUAAUUGAAAGACUCUUAAAGUUUCUUUACAGCAAUUUUUUUUUUUCUUUUUUUUUUUUCCUCGUGGAUGUGUGAAGUCUUUGAUUGGAAGCUAACCAUAGACAACUAAAAAUUCUUGUAUGUCCUUUUUUUCACCAGAAUAAAGUGCCAGUCUUUUUUGUA